GAGUAGUUUUGGAUAUUUGCAGUGUAAGUUUUGUGCUCUUCUAAUUUCUUGCUAUUUCUAGCUCAAGUUUGUAUUUUUAUGUGAUUUUGUGGGUAUUGCCUCCGUAAAGGAAUGCAAGAUUAGGGUUUCUUUUUUGUUUCACUUUGAUUAGCUAUGAUUCUCUUAUCUGCUCCCCAAAAAGGUUGGAUUCGGAGAUUAGCAUUUCUUGGUGUAAGUUAGUUAUACUUUCAUUUGGGGAAACAUUUGUUGUUGAGAGGGAGUUUUUUUUUAUCUUCCUGGAAAUGGAUUAUCGUCGCGAGAAUCGAUUAUCUAGUGGCGAUGUGGUUCAUGUUCUACCCCGGAGCUCUCAGAAUCCUGUCAACGAGACCUGGGAAUCCGGGCUCGUUGAUCAAGCAGUUUGGGCCACAGAGGAUGACUAUGGGAUGUGGAACGGAGAAGCCUCAUUCGACACCAAUUCAAACUCGAGCUAUGAUGGGGCUCGUGCAGGAAGUGAGCCACCGAAUAAGAGAUCAAGGGGUUCCAAUUCAGGAGACGGGGCAGCUUCUAACCGGUCAAAAGCCAUUGGAAAGAUGUUUUACAAAACUAAACUGUGUUGCAAAUUCCGGGCUGGGACUUGUCCGUACAUCACCAAUUGUAAUUUCGCGCACAGUGUUGAGGAGCUCAGAAAACCACCGGAUAAUUGGCAAGAAAUCGUGGCAGCACAUGAGGAGGAGCGAGCAUCAUCAGCUGAACCAAGGGAGGAGUUUCAGAUCCCGAUUGUUGGGGUUAGUGAUGAGACACAGAGGUCUUACAAAGGAAGGCACUGCAAGAAGUUCUACACCGAGGAAGGCUGCCCAUACGGGGAGAACUGCACUUUCCUUCAUGAUGAGCAGUCCAAGGCCAGAGAAAGUGUGGCGAUAAGCUUGGGCCCAGGCAGUGGCACUGGCACUGGCAACAGCAAUGGUGGUGGUAGUGGGUAUGGAGGCAGCAUGAGUGGACCUACCUUGAAACCUUCGAAUUGGAAAACAAGGAUUUGUAACAAAUGGGAGCUUACUGGAUACUGCCCUUUUGGAAGCAAAUGCCACUUUGCUCACGGUGCUGCAGAACUACACAACUUCGGUGGAGGGGCAACAGACUCAGAUGCUAAAGAUCCAUCCACUCCCGAUGCCAAACAACUUGUGAGAACAUCAGUUGAUGUCAUUGCAGGUCUUCCUCACACCGAGGGCUAUCAUAUGGGAAUCCCGCCCCAGAGACUGUCCAACACAAUACAGAGAACCGGACAGAGACCUAAUCAAAAAUGGAAAGGCCCUGAUAAGAUUAGCAAGAUCUAUGGUGACUGGAUUGAUGAUCUCUAAUGGAUAGAGAGGAGGAUAGAAUCUGCUGGUUUUCUUCGCUGAAUAAAGGCAGUUAUAAAAACUGUUGUAUCGGUUGUUACUCUGUAGGAUAAAGAACGUCGUUCGCAGUGUUCAUCUCUCACCGUCUUGAAGUUCUUCCAGCUGGUUUUUGUACUUGGUAGCAUUUUUCCCUUUCUUAAUGUCACAAGACUGUUUCUGCUGUUUGUGUAUUUGUUGGCAAGUUUCAUAUGCUUGUUUUGGGAAUGGUUUUUUUAUUUAAGUUUUGGUUGAGAAAGUAAAUUUCUUGGUGUUGUA